GAAUCGUUACAUCCGUGCACGGAUCGGCAAACGUACGAAAGAAAAUUACGUGAUACGUCAAUCGUAUGUGGCGAUUGGCAUUAUGACAUACGAAAGCGAACGGAUCGUAAUGUGUUUUCAAUUCACAAUAGUUUUUAAAUUCCACAUUGCUAUGGAUCGUAGGUCGCAAUAGAUGUGGAACUGUCAAAACUGUCGCAAAAUAUUUAAUAAAUUUGUUAGUUUAAACAUCAAACGGUUGAAUAUCAAGAUGGAUCCGACUUUGUUUUUUUAUUUGAGCUCUAGUGAGAGUGAUAGUGAUGAAAAAAUAGUGCGGAGGCAACUAAGAGAUCGGAGCAAUCCUUUGGCACUGCCGAACACAGCAUUUUUAAAACGAUUUCGUCUAAGUAAAGAGGCUUUUGAAUAUGUCCUAAAUAAUAUAUGUUUAACGCAAUCUGACGUCAGAGCAGUGCCUCCAGUGUUACAAUUAGCAACCACGCUCUCACAUUUGGCUGGCGGUGGAUACCAGCACAGUGUAGGCAGUGACUAUUUAAUCGGGAUUUGUCAAAGCACUGUUUCGAAGCUGACAUCCCAUGUACUUAAAGAAAUGGAAACGAAGUUGUGCCCUCAGUUUAUACGGUUUACACCAGAGGAUUCCCUUACGUGUAAAGAGUGGUUUGUGCAGCAAUAUAAAAUUCCAGGAGUUAUAGGGUGCGUUGAUGGAACCCACAUCGGCUUACAAAAACCCACAGUGAACGAGCACAUGUACUUCAAUAGAAAAGGCUACCAUAGUAUCAACGCUAUGAUAAUAUGUGAUCACACUUACAAAAUUUUGGCUAUUAACUGUCAAUACGGUGGUGCAGCCCACGACUCAUUUGUUUGGAAACACUCGGACCAGCGAAGAGUUUUGGAAGAACGAUUUCAGCACAACAGGAAUGAAAAUUCAUGGCUUUUAGGUAUAUUUUCAUUUUGUUCUUUUUACCACAUUUAUUUUAUUUAUAUUUUAACAGGGGAUUCUGGCUACCAUUUGGAACCAUGGUGCAUAACUCCUUACAGAAACGCUUCGGAGGGUGCAAGUGAAGCUAUGUUCAAUGAAAUACAUUCCAAGGCAAGAUGUAUCGUCGAACGAACUAUCGGAAUUUUAAAAGGACGCUGGAGAAUUUUAGGAUAUGGCAGCAGAGGAAGGUACCAUCCGACAAAAGUGGCAAGAUUUGCUAACGUUUGUGCAGCAUUACACAACAUCUGCAUUAAUUUAAAAUAAAUUAUGAUCCUCAGAAUUGCGAAUCUGAUCAAACAACGGAUAUCGACACUGGGGUAGCGAACCGCCUCACCGCAAUCGGCCAAACAAUAAGGGAUCAAAUAAUGCACUCUUUAAUAAAUUGAAGAUGAAAAUGUCUAUGUAUUUAUUCUUGUAAAUUUUUUUCCCUUCUAAACUGAAAUACAAAAAUUUUGUUCAUAUAAACUCAUUGUUUUUAUUAGUCGUUUCAUCACGUUUGUUGGUUUUAUCACAUUUCUUAAAUAUUGUUACAAAAAGUAGUAUUAAGUUUUAUUUGUAUUGCUAUAAGCAUCCCUGAUUAUGAACAAUAGCUGUAGGUAUAUGGAAUAGCAUUUGUCUUGUUGUAGACAUCUGGCGCCACGGCUGUCUGCUUGUCGAAACAAUAGACAUCUGGCGCCGCACUGUCUGCUUGUCUAGUUAAACAAUUGCUGAGUCUGGCGCCGCGACUGUCUGCUUGCGUCUGGCGCCGUAUAGCCGUAUGUUCUGGUAAUUUCCAGACGCGAUAUUCUAGAAGGACACGUCGGCAUCAGCGAGAAGUGCGUGGCUAUAUAAGCCGUGGCAGCGCCAACGUAAUCAA